AUGUCUCCCAAGCGCAAAUUGCUCAACCUUGAUGCAGAGUCUUUCAACUUUCCAAGAAAGAGCCAGGCCCGAAAUGUCGGGGCAUGCCUUUUGCCGUCACACAUGCUGGACACGGUUAGGCAGUUGAUCGACCCAGAUUUCCGUCCUGAACAGCUCGGCCAUGUUGCUUCAGGUGACGACGAAUCGCCACGCUUUCUCAAGCCUUUGCCGUCUCGCAUGGCCCCGGAGGAUGUGGACUAUCUGCGGGCAAAGGGUGCCCUCACCGUCCCGGACACUCCUCUACGAAACGAGCUGCUGAGGGCAUAUGUCAAAUGGGUCUACAGCUCGUUGCCCGUGCUAGAUCUGCAUAGCUUUCUCGAAGCAGUCGCUACUAACGAUGCCGAUGCUAGCAUAAGCCUGCUGCUUUUCCAAGCCGUCAUGUUUGCCGGCACGGCUUUCGUUGACAUCAACCAUCUCAGAGCUGCCGGCUUCAAGACGAGGAGAGAAGCCCGAACGGCUUUCUUCAACAACGCACGAUUAUUGUAUGUGUUGGACUGCGAAGAAGACCGCAUCGCUGCCAUCCAGUCAAUUCUAUUGAUGACGUACUAUUAUGAGAAAGAUGAGAGUCUACAAAAGGAUAUUUGGCAUUGGGUUGGCGUCUGUAACACCCAGGCACAGUCGAUCGGGCUGCAUCGUGAUCCCACCCAGUCCAACAUGACCAGUGAUGCAAAGAGCCUGCGGAUUCGACUCUGGUGGUGUCUUUAUUCACGAGACCGGCUCAUUGCUCUUGCUUUGCAUCGACCUACGCAGAUCAACGAGGGUUUCUGCAACGUUCCGUUGCUGGCACUGACUGAUUUUGAUACAAGGCCCUUUCAUGCUGCAGUAAACGACAUACUUUUUGACUGUAGCUAUAUGGGAGAUGUUUAUUUUCAGCGGCGUUUGGCGGUCAUGUUUAUUGAAAAAGUGAAAUUGUGCCAAUUUCUAGGCCGAGUGCUGUUCGCGCAAUACGUGCCAUUCAAUGGUCUUACUGGAACCACGCGAGAAACUACUAUCACCCUGAUUCCUCGACAAUCCACAGAUGCGGAGUUACAACGCUGCAGUCAGAAACUAGAUGCUUGGCUGAACAAACUUCCAGACGAGGCGACAUUCAUGGGCCCACGAGAGAAGAGGGGACUCAGUGACGGAGAUGAUGUUCUUUAUCUUCACUCAUCAAUGCUGCAAAUGGUCUAUCACGCGACAUGCACUGCACUAUAUCGCCCGCGAGCUUCGACUUCAAGCACUAAAAGCGCGUCGGGGACUUCAGAAAUGUCAAUCACCGUAGCUAGGGGAAAGAUCCGAGAUGCAGCAUCUGAAACCGCAGAACUUGCAUAUCGUCUCCGCCACCUUGGCCUAACACCGUAUCUGCCCACCUACGGCUUGACUGUAAUGACACCGGCUGCAGUGGUUCACAUGACAAAUUUGAGGUCAACCGACCCAGUCGUAAGGGACAGAAGCACAUGGAACUUCCGCCUCUGUAUCGAGGUAAUAAGUGGCAUGCGAGAUAUCUAUCCAGCAGCCGACUAUGAAAGUGCAUGCCUUGAGAUGGCCAUACAACAAAUGCAGCAAGGACAACAAAACAUGCCGAAAUUGCCCUCUUUUGUUAUGCAAGACAUUACCCAUCGCCAAUGGGGGCCUGGUUUUGCGAAUACAACAGAUCUGAAUAUAUCCAUUACCGAGCAGCAUUCUUCCACUUUUGACGAAAGUACUGGUGACGAGGGAAUUGCGCCGCAGAGACUAAUGAUUUAUAACGAUGAUGAUGACGACAAUAAUGACACUAACGAGAAUAAUGAAAAUAGCGACGAUUCUAUUGAAUUCUGGACAUUCCAACCGAAGUCAACCCUCUCCCCCUUGAGAGACGACGGAGGGAUGCUUAUCACAGGAGAUUUGGAGAGGGAUCUGGGAUUUAUAUGA